AGAUGAUUUUGCUCAAGUUAGUCGGCUGUCAAAAGGAUGAUAGUAAUAGCUGUUCAGCAUUUGCCAAAGCAUGAUCUUUCUUAUCAACAAGAUUCACGAAGGUUACAAAUCGCAGUGACUUCACAAUCAAUUUUUGACUUAUUUCAUGGUUUAUUAUAGUGCAGAAAAAAUGGUUCAGCAACAACUGGAAUUCACAAACAAAUGCAACGAUCUUCAGCUCGUUGCAAGUACGGAGUGACAAACAAUUGCGUUUUUCCACUAUUUGUUUCCACUAUUUGUUUGUUAACAAGUGGCAACAGCAGACAGCAACAAUGAUACAACAACUUAAUACUUAUUAUACUUCAACUGUAUCGACUUCUCUUUCUGAAAUUCUUAUUAUUUCUGGUUUUCUAACAACACUAAUUGACGCCAAAAAGAGUGUGAUUCCCCCGAAAAUUCCUUACUGCCAAAGAAAUGACCAGUUUGUUAGAUUCCAAGAUUUGGGAAAUUCGGGACUACUGCACAAAAUGGACGAUUUCAUGGGCGCCGCCCACUUUGCUGUUUCGAUCAACAGAACGCUUGUUGACUACCGCCCUGGUUUCAAUGCUGUCCACAUGCGAGACAAAAACAACAGACCUGUAAAACAGUCCAAUGCGAACCCUGACUGGCCUUUUAGUUUUGUGCACGGCUGGACUUGGUCCCAUAUUGCUGAUGUCAGUCAAAUGGUAUACACGCUCAAAUUCGCCAACAUGAUCUCUAAGAAAUGCAGGCUCAGAAUGGUGGACGCAGAAUACAUAUACAGAAAUAAGGCAAGUGGAAGCGUCCUUAGUAUUGAAUACGGCAAAUACGACAAGAAAACUUCAAAGUCAACGAUGCACAGAAUACAUUAUGCUGAUCCCAAUCAUUUCAGAAAAAAGGCAACCAAUUUGAUGAAAGUGAUCUACAAUUUCCAGCGCAAACCUUUUUCGAAGUUCAUUCAGACCGUUGGACAUUUUAUCAAGGCGAAAUGUCUGAAAGACGCUCACGUGAUUUCAACAUCGCAAAAGAGGAGACCGAACUCAAUUGAUCGUUUUAUUGUGAUUCACUUGAGGGGUACAGACAGACCAUGUGCUUUGGAACAGCUAAGACCCGAAGCCCUGAUGUUUAAAAUAACACGUCUCGGAAUUAAAAGAGAGAGUGACGUAAUCUAUUUAAUGAGCGACUUAAAUGAUACAAGUCGUCACAUUCAAGCGAUUCAACAUUUCUUCGGCGAUUACUAUUUAUUCCAAGCAAAGGAUAUGGACGUUUUCGAUCACGAAGUGUUUGCUGAAAAGGCCCCGUUUUUAAUCUAUGCGAUAGAAAAUUAUCUGCAGCAGAUCGCAGAUGGGGUGAUAAUUACAUAUAAAGGCCAUAAUUUGAGGAGGCAUGAUCACAUCAUGGGCCAUUUGUCUCACGAAAAAUGCUAGCUAAAAGAAACACGAGAAAACUUUUGAGGCCACAAAAUAUACACUUUUGUC